CCCGGAUGUUGUGAAGUCGUGCUGGUGUUUCACUGGCGAUGUUGUCGGCGUUGGGUCUUCCAGUCGGAAAAAGCGCCAACUUCUGCUACACCGUCUGAAUCGUCUAACAGUCUGUAAAUGGCUCUAAACCUGGAUAUUCCGUGAAAUAUAUUAAACUUCAACCUGGAAUGACUCAUUCAGUGAGGGGCGCUGUUGCAUCUCUGUAGAGGAAAUAAACCCUCAAGAUACCAGGAGCAAAGAUGCCAGGUCUGCAGGGGGAACAUGUCGUGGCGGCGCUGGGGAGCCCCGUCAAGAAGAGCAAACUGUCUCUGAAGUUCCUCCAGAAGAAAGAAACUAAACGGGUCCUGGAUUUCUCUGAACCUCAGGCAGAUGAACCCAAAACUGUUGAACAAGUGGAGCCUGAGGCAAGCAGCUGUGAUCAGGUGGUCCCUGGUCCUUCUCCAUGUCCAGCCUCACCUGGCCUUCUCCUGCCAUCUGAGAAGAGAGAGUCCUUGGUGCCAUUCGUGGGGCUCAACAACUUGGGCAACACCUGCUAUUUGAACAGUAUCUUGCAGGUGCUGUACUACUGCCCAGGGCUCAGAGAAGGCAUAAAGAAGCUGUACAACCUGUCUAAAAGAAAUGAAAAACCAAAGGAAGAAGCUGAUGCAAGUGAAGAGCAGUCAGAAGUUGCUGCAGAGACUUUGCCACCUCAGAUUGAGCUCAUUGGGAGCUUCAACAGUCUGAUAACGUCCGUGGAGCAGCUGCAGUCCAGCUUCCUGUUAAACCCUGACAGCUUCAGUGAAGGAGAACUCGCCACACCACCUCGAAAAAUACUCUACACACUCAGGCAGCUGAACCCUAUGUACGAAGGCUAUCUCCAGCAUGACGCCCAGGAGGUGCUGCAGUGCAUCCUGGGAUGCAUCCAAGAAGCUUGUGAUACCAUCAGGAAGGAGCAGGAGUUGGAGACGGAUGACAUCAAGACUGAGAUUAAACUUGAGAACGGUGUCAAUUCGGGCUCCAGCAGCUCUGUGACAGAAUCCAAAUCUCCCACAGAAGAGGACAGCCAAGUCAGCGGCAAGAGAAAGAGCGACACCGAGGUGGGGAAUGCCAAGAAGAAGCCGAAAUCUGUCAAGAGUAAGAAAACCGAAGCUGAAGAUAAUAGACCCCUCACUCGCUCAAAAAGGAAGUCCUCCAGUGACAUCGUGAUGGACAGUGCCCGAGACAAAGAUGGAGAGGAGGCAGAGGGCGAAGGGAUGAAGAAGCUAAAUAAAGAGGAGGGAAAAGAGAGCGACAGCGAGGGGAAAGGUGAAAAGGCAUGUAAAGUGGCAGAUGGGAAAAGAAAGAAGAGGUCCAAGCUGAGCUGGCUGAGGCCUUCUGGGAAACAACCGAGUAUUUUUUCCAAGUUCCUCAGUGUGGGGAAGAUCAGCUCUGUCAGGAACCAGAUCAAGUCAGAGCAGGAGAAAGAGCUGACUGACGACCAAAGUCCGAACGAGAAGACCAAUGAGGAGAGAUCAGAAAACACGGCUAAAGACAAGAAAGCAGUGGAACAUCAAGAUGGUCUGGACCUGAUGGAGCACUUGUUCCAGGGUCGACUGGUUCUGAGGACUCGCUGUCUGGAGUGCGAGAGCUUCACAGAGAGGAGAGAGGACUUUCAGGACAUCAGUGUCCCAGUGCUUGAUGACGAACCCAGCAGCCCAGAUGACUUCUCUGAGGUCUCUCCUGAUCCCAAACCAGAGCUGAAGACUCUGAAAUGGGCCAUCGGCCAGUUUGCCUCAGUGGAGCGCAUCGUUGGCGAGGACAAAUACUUCUGUGAGACGUGUCAUCAUUACACGGAGGCUGAGAGAAGUCUGCUGUUUGACAAAACUCCUGAAGUGAUCACCAUUCACCUGAAGCGUUUUUCUGCCAACAGUUUAGAGUUGGACCCAUACGCAGGUCUGUCCAAAGUGAACACGCCUUUGCAGACCCCUUUGACCUUGUCUCUAGAGGAGUGGUGCACCUGGCCCUCAGCUGCAAAGGAUCAACACUAUCAGCUGUUUGCUGUGGUCAUGCACAGCGGCGUCACCAUCAGCAGCGGACACUACACCGCCUACGUUCGCAUGUCCGAUCUGAAAGAUGUGAAGCUCUGGCUGGGAGACAGAAAAGAAAAAGAGGAGGAGGAGGAGGAGGAGGAAAAGAAGAAGGAAAGUAAAGAGGGAAUACAGGUGAAAGAGGAAGUGCUGGACUAUGAUGAUGGAGAGGUGUCUUUCAGCCUGAAUGCAAGGGGACAGAGAGGUGCGAGUUUGGCUGGCAGCAAAACUGGAGGAAAGAAGCUGUCAGAGGGUGGGGUCGGACUCUUGGGGGGGCAGAGGAGUCUGUCUAGCUGUGACCUGGGGAGCAACAGCAGCAAACACACAGACAAACCAGCCAGCAGUGGCUCAACAGAGGGAUCCAAACGGAGGACACCAGUCAAUAGCCUGGGCCAAAAUACUGAAGCAGGACUUACCAAGGAGGCCAAAGUAGGAGAGGAAGCAUCAGUGACUGCCUGUGGAGGGGCAGAGGCCACAGAGCAGCAGGCUCUGAACAACCUCCUUGAGUAUGAGGGCAAAUGGCUGCUGUUUGAUGACUCUGAGGUGCGUUUGUUUGAGGAGGAGGAUUUCCUGCGAGCCUGCUCUCCUGAGACAUACUCCUCAUCCACACCUUACCUGCUGUUCUACAGAAGGAUGCCCGAACCCGGACACUAAGGCGAUCACAAGGGCCGCUGUUGAUUCAGGGGGUUGGGGCAGACAGACCUUUAGCAGUUGAGCACCCAGACAAAGUACAGUUGUAUUUUGCAAUACUAUAAACAGUGCCAAAAAUCCAGUGGCUGCCAUAUUAUCACCUAAACUGAAGAUAGAUUUUACAGAGGAAACAGGUGUCAGAGAGCCUCGCCUCAGUGUCCAUAAGCUCAAGGUUGUAUUUUAGAAAUGGGGAUUCAUUUUUACGUGCCGGGAUUACUUCAGUCCUUUUGAGACAUGUUUUGGGAGGUUGUGAAUUUAACCUCUGUAAACUGAGUACAGUGACCUGUCUUUUUGCUGUCUGUACUAUUCUCUCUUGGCUGGCUUUGAUGAUUUUUUUUUCUGCCAUUGUCUAAAACGUCCUUUUUUUUUUUUGUUCAAUGUUUUCUCAGCUAUUGAGUUUAUAUGAUUCCUUUUUACAAAUUGGAAAAGCACUUUGGAACUAAAAUCUCAUUCAAUGAAAAUGCAAAAAUGUUGGGGAAUGUCUUUUUCUAGCUGAAUACUUUUCUAAAAUUCAUUUGCAUUUACAAGAGACUACGUGCUGUGUUUGUUUGGAAUAGUUUACUCAACUAGAAGCCAAAAUAACAACCAAAUAUAUUUGCCAUUUGCAGAGCAAUACACAAUACACUUCAUGGGGUUAGAAAGAACAACAUGCUGCAGAUUUUAUUCCUGCAAUAUUUUCUGUAAUUUUGGAGAGAACUUUGCCCACCUCCCAUACCAGCUUCUCAGAAACUUUGUUUUGCACUGAUUUAUUAAAUUUUGUAAUACAUCCGAAGCCUGAAAUUGAAGCCACCGAUGCUGGAAACAGUGUUGGACUGAUUUGUGACUUCUACAACAAUGCUAGUUGUGCCAAGCGUAUACAUAUUUUUGGUACUGUUAAUACUCAAAUAGUUUAUGCAGGAUGCUGAUAGUCUCGCUCAUUUCACAUCAGGAGCCUUUUGAAGGUGCCAGUGCAGAGUAAAAGUUGUGAAACUUAAAUGUAUAUUUCUUCACUCAGCUAUCAUAUUUUUAUAAGAUGUGUUCAGCAAGAUUAUGCCUCGUUCAUUUUCCUGUCUAACUUAGUGUGUGACUAACAGUUAGCUUAAUAGAUCUGUUAUUGAAUUCAGAAGACGGGUUAAAUUCCUGCUCAGUGACUCUUGACUCAGACAUCAUACGACCUACCUCCAGUUCUGUUCUACUUAAGAUCAUUUUAAGACAAAAUAAUUAAGCACAAAACAUUAGAGCAGCACAAGACACAUCUGAGCGUUAUUGAUGUAACUGCUUGGUAUCUUCAGUUUGUAUCGAUCGAGUGUAAACUGUAGCCGAGAGCAUUGCAAAACAAAAUACUCUGGCCGUAAGUGAAUCAACAUCCUACUGCACUGCAACUUCCACAGAUGUCAGGCUCAUUCCAGGCGUUGGACAACUGAAAUACCUUUGAUUGAAAGGUGACAUCGUUCAUUUAGGUUCCACAGCUGAGUGUCUAUAUAUCCAGUUAGUUUCAGGGAUUGAAUCAGUUAUUAUUUAGCUAAGUGAGUAAUAGUCACUGUGGGCUAUGGUCAGUAUAAAUCAUGUGUACAUGGGAACUGUUUUCAGAGCAAGUUUUAGAAUGCUUUCCGAUCUGGUUUAACAUAAUGUGACAGGCCCAAUGUGUGUGUUGUCUCCUUUAAACUGUACCUCAUUCCAGCUGUAAAUAUUUUAAUGUCGGCAGGUUCAUUCUAUAAGCAAUAAAGUUUUUACUUUCA